AGGGAUUCCAGUCCUGCGCAAGCGGUUCACGGCUCUGCGGUGGAAGGGCGAUGCAUCCAGUUGGUGACCAUGGCGAGGAGAACGCAGAUGAAGCAUCUGCCACUUUUCACGCACAGUUCCGCAUACCCGAGUGCCUGACGGCUGAAGAUGUGAGAGCUAUCCGAGACAUGACUCUUCUAAAGCGGGGCCGACUCAGUGUGCAGGCUGUCAGUCUGGAAGCGUAUGAGGCUAUCGUGAAGAUGAGGAACAUGGGGGGGUGGGAGGACCCGGGAAGUAGUGCGUUGAGAAAGCGGACGCGGCGGAGCCUAAGUAGAUUGGUGUGUGCCGUAGUGAUCGACUGUGACUGUAUAGUUGCUGCGCUGGCGUUUGCCUUCAGCUCAGGCCAGACGCGAUUCUUUGCGAGACAGCAUGAUGUGCAGCAGUUGGCCUCAAUUAUCUGAACUGUUUACCGAUUGUAUUCAAAGGGAAGGGCAUAUGAUGUUUUAUGUAACUUGUGGUAGGCGUAUCUGCGGU